AUCUUGCAAACUCCGAUGACUGCUCCAAGACAAGCACAAACCCCUCUUUUUACACAUACAUUAACAAUAGUAAAUUUAUCCUGCUUUGAAAUUGUCUUCCUCCCUCAGCCACCAGAUGGCAACUGCCCCUCUCCCUUGGCCUCUCCCACUCCACUUCUUUUCUGUUCCGAUUUCAUAUGCAACAGUCCCACUUCCUUCCUUUGAAUUGGAUUGCAGAAUAAAGGCUCAUUUACCCCAACUCCAGUUCCACAAAUUUCUUGCAAGAAACUAAAAAGUGCUUUUAUGGUUACCUUUUUAUCAAGAAAAUGUCAAUCCUGGGGAGUAUGAGUAGUGACAGUGGCAGUACGAAUGCACCUAUUUUCCAUGAAUUCAAGAAACAGGCUUCUUUCUUCUUCAAGGAGAAGAUCAAAACUGCUAGACUCGCCUUGACCGAUGUCACGCCAGUGCAGCUACUGGCGGAAGAAGCCACAAACGGGACUCCAGGAGGGCCGGAUUCCAGGACCCUGAAGAUCAUAUCGAGGGCGGCUUUCGAAGUGGAUGACUAUUGGAGGAUUGUGGAUAUUCUCCAUAAAAGAUUAAUAAGAUUUGACAGGAGAAAUUGGAGGGAAUCAUACAGGGCUCUGAUUGUGCUGGAACACAUGUUGACUCAUGGGCCUGAGAGAGUUGCAGAGGAGUUUCAGAGCGACAGAGAUGUUAUUAUAGAAAUGGAAAGUUUCCAGCACGUGGAUGAGAAAGGAUUCAACUGGGGAUUGAUUGUGAGGAAUAAAUGUGAAAGAAUAUUGAAGCUGCUGGAGAAAGGCCCUGAUCUGAAAGAAGAAAGGGACAGGGCCCGGAAAGUUUCAAGAGGGAUUCAAGGAUUUGGCAGCUUCUGCCACAGGGAUUCAUCCGCUGGGCAUGAUGUAUUGCCAAAAUCAUCCCAGAAAGCAUUUGGGAGAUGCAAUUCAGAAUUCAACCAGAAAAUCAAGUAUCUAAGCCCAGACAGUUCCAGUACUGGUGUCGAUUCCAGAGAAAAUUUGGCUCCAAAUGAAGAAAGCGGGAGCUUCACUGGGGAAUCGAAGCCGCUGUUGGAACAGCAGAAAGAUGAGGCCAGGAUAAAUAUGUCAAUGGGUGAUCAUCAACAUCAUCAUAAUCCCUUCGAUGAUGUUGAGAAUCAUCCCUUCGAUGAUGCUGACAAUCUGAUAGCUGUGUCGCUACUUUCAUCUGCAGACGAGAGGCAGGCUGUUGAGAACUAAGACAAAUUCCUAAUCUGCUGUUGUUGUUCAGUACAGAACUAAAAUGAAAUUUUGGAUUUCUCAUCUGCUGUUAUUGUUCAGUUUACACGACCCUGAUUGGAAACAUAUAUUGAAUAAUCUAUGUAUUUAAACUUUUGUAUAGCAGAGUUUGGAUAUAACACAGUUGAAUGUGCA